CACCCUCGCCAUGAAGGCUUUCAUGGCUGCCUUCCUUGUCUGGACUCUGAUUUCUGCCAACGGCGGCGGCGGGGAAGCCUGGCCCACACACACAGCCUGCAGGGACGGGAGCUUGGAAGUGCUCUACCAGAGCUGUGAUCCGUUACAAGAUUUUGGCUUUUCUGUUGACCAGUGUUCCAAACAAUUAAAAUCAAAUCUCAACGUUAGAUUUGGAAUCAUUCUGAGAGAGGACAUCAAGGAGCUGUUUCUUGACGUGGCUCUCUUCACUAAAGGAUCGUCCAUUCUGAAUUACUCCUACCCAGUCUGUGAGGAGGAUCUGCCCAAGUUCACCUUCUGCGGAAGAAGGAAAGGGGAGCAGAUUUAUUAUGCCGGCCCUGUCAAUAAUCCUGGAUUUGAAAUCCCUCCGGGAGAAUACCAGGUUUUGCUGGAACUGUAUAAUGAAAAGCAUUCCACCGUGGCCUGUGCCAAUGCCACCGUCAUUUGCUCCUGAGCAUCGCGACAGCGCAGCCAGCUCAGUCCCGUGGGGACUCCAAGCUCCUCAAACCGAACCUGCCAUGUAAGAACAGUCGAUGCCUGAGGGAGCCUCCGCAGCAAGGCUCAUCCAGGUGCAGGUGCUGGUUUUAGCCCCAGGCCCAGAGGGCCCCAGACUCCACAGCUGUAAGGAAGCCCUGAAAGACCUGCUUCUGAGGCGCCCCCCGGCCAUCACUAAGCAGCCUCGAGGGUCCGUCCUUCUUCUCUAGUGGUUACCUCACAGCAGACCGAGCUGCUUUUCAGCCCUUUAGGAGCCCUCCUCAGUUACCCAGAAUAAAGAAC